AUGGCCGGCCUCGCCGCCGCAGCCCUCCUGAUCACGGCACUAAUUUCCGCCGCAUUAGGCGCUCCCCUCGACGCCGACACGGCAGCGGAGAUCGGAGCCCUGACUGCCGUGAGGUCCGCCCUCCGCGACCCGCUCGGCGCCCUCGCCGGUUGGGACCCCUCCACGCCGUUGGCCCCCUGCGACUGGCGCGGCGUAGCCUGCGACGGUCGGCGGCGGGUCAGCGAACUCCGCCUCCCAAACCUCCAGCUAGCCGGCGUCCUCUCACCGGAGAUCGCUAACCUGCGCAUGCUCCGCAAGCUGAACCUCCGCUCCAACUCCCUUAACGGCACCAUCCCCACCGCCCUCUUCCGGUGCGCCCUCCUGCGCUCUGUCUUCCUACAGCAGAACCUUCUCGUCGGCAGCGUCCCUCCGGAUAUCUCCGGCCUCUCCGACCUCUUCGUCUUCAACGCCGCCGGCAACAGCCUCUCCGGCGAGAUCCCGGGAGCCUUUCCCCGGAGCAUCCGCUUCCUGGACCUUUCGUCGAACACCUUGAUGGGCGGGAUCCCCGAGAAUAUCUCGAGUGGGUCCCAGCUCCAGCUCAUCAAUCUGUCCUACAACCGGAUUUCUGGCGAGAUUCCGGCCAGCAUCGGGGAGCUUCAGAAUCUCCAGUACCUCUCGUUGGACCACAACCGCUUGGGAGGCACGCUGCCUUCUGCUCUGGCCAACUGCUCGGCCCUGGUGCAUUUUAGCGCCGAGGGGAAUUCGAUCAGCGGUGGACUUCCGGCUGCCAUUGGCAGCCUGCCUAAGCUUCAGGUUGUUUCUCUAUCGCACAACAAUUUAUCCGGGUUCAUACCAGGGUCUUUGUUUUGUAAUAUAUCCGAUUAUUCGCCCACCAUUCAUGUCCUUCAGCUAGGUUUCAACAAUUUCACAGGGAUUGACAUUCCUAAAACAGUUGUGUGUAAUAAUAGUGCAAUGCAGGGUUUGAGCCUGGAGAACAAUCAAAUUUCUGGUGGAUUUCCUAUGUUUUUGACCAAUUUUUCCUCACUAACAUCACUCAAUCUUUCUGGAAAUCUAUUUUCCGGUUCCCUCCCAGGGGAAAUUGGGAGAAUGUGGCAACUGGAAGAGCUUAGAUUAGCGAAUAAUUCGUUUGAUGGUUUAGUGCCAGCUGAUAUUAACAACUGUAGGAAUUUGAGAAUUCUUGAUCUCGAAGGGAAUCUAUUCUCCGGUACAGUCCCUGCUUUUUUGACGGAGCUGAUCAAUUUGAGAAUACUGUCUCUCGGGGGUAAUAACUUCUCGGACCCCAUUACCUGGAGUUUCGGAAAUCUGACUGCACUAGAGAGCCUGAGUCUGAGGGAUAAUGGCUUGACUGGGGACUUACCUGAGGGACUGAUGUUUCUGACUAAUUUGUCCACAUUGGAUCUUAGUGGAAACAGGUUUCACGGGCCCAUCCCAACAAGUAUUGGAAAUCUGAAGCAGCUUGUGGUUUUGAACCUUAGCGGUAAUGGAUUAUCUGGGACCAUCCCGGAAGGCAUUGGGGGCUUGUUUAAAUUGACGUCUCUAGAUUUGAGCAAACAGAACAUGUCGGGAACUUUACCUCUCGAUCUCUUGGGCCUGCCCAAUCUCCAGGUGAUUGCCUUGCAGGAAAAUUCAAUUUCAGGGGAACUUCCCGAGGGUCUAAGCAGCUUAAACGGGCUGAGCUACUUGAAUCUCUCCUUCAAUUCCUUUUCGGGUCGUAUUCCACCAACUUUUGGUUUCUUGAGGUCGUUGGUUGUCAUUUCACUAUCCCACAAUCAUAUCUCGGGCCCAAUCCCUCCCCAGCUCGGGAACUGCUCAUCUCUCAGGGUUGUUGACCUUCGCUCGAACGCAUUGACUGGCAUAAUUCCCUCUGAGCUCUCUCAACUCUCUCAUUUGAUGACACUUGAUUUGGGUGAAAACAACCUCACAGGUCAAAUCCCCAGAGAAAUCUCUAAUUGUUCCUCAUUGACUUCCCUUUUGCUCGACUCAAACCAUUUAACGGGGCCUAUCCCAGCAGCCAUCGGCUCAAGGUUCCAAAACCGGUCGUUCUUUGCGGGCAACCCGGGCCUCUGUGGGGCCCCGUUGGGCUCGAAAUGUGAUGAAAAUGGAAAUAAUGACGGUGGUAAAAACAACAGGCUAAUCAUGUUUAUUGCUGUGGCUGCUGGUGGGACUCUCUUCAUGCUUUCUUGCUGCUGUUUCUAUGUAUACAGCUUCUUGAGAUGGCGGGAGAGGAUUCGGGAAGAGCAGGCAGGGGAGAAGAAGAAGCAGAAGAGCCCGGCCAGAGCCAGCACAAGGUCAAGUGGGCGGGGGAGCAGCGAGAAUGGGCUUGGCCCGCCAAGGCUUGUGAUGUUCAAUGACAAAAUCACACUGGCCGAGACGGUGGGGGCCACAAGACAGUUUGACGAGGAAAACGUGCUGAGCAGGAGCCGCCAUGGGGUGCUCUUCAAGGCGUGCUACGAUGACGGGAUGGUGCUUGCCAUCCGCCGGCUUCCUGAUGGUAGGCCCCACCUGGACCCGAAUGCGUUCCGAAAGGAGGCUGAGUCUCUGGGCCGGGUGAAGCAUAGGAAUUUGACUGUUCUUCGGGGUUACUAUGUCGGGUCGCGGCCUGACCUCAGGCUCCUUGUCUAUGAUUACAUGCCUAAUGGGAACCUGGCGACAUUGUUGCAGGAGGCGGCCCACCAAGACGGGCACGUCCUGAACUGGCCAAUGCGCCACCUCAUAGCACUCGGUAUUGCGCGCGGGCUAGCCUUUCUCCAUGCUGUCCCCAUGGCCCACGGCGAUGUGAAGCCCCAAAAUAUUCUCUUUGAUGCUGACUUUGAGGCCCAUCUAUCCGACUUUGGGCUGGACCGGCUUCUGGGCCCUGCCCGGGCCGAAGCAUCCACAUCGUCAUCUAUGGGGACUAUCGGGUAUGCUGCCCCUGAGUUGGGCUCAACCCGGGAGGCAACCAAGGAGUCGGAUGUGUACGGAUUUGGGAUUGUCCUGCUGGAGCUGCUCACUGGAAAGAGGCCCGUGAUGUUUGGGGAAGGGGACGAGGACAUUGUCAAGUGGGUCAAGAGGCAGCUGCAGAGGGGACAGGUGGCGGAGCUGCUCGAGCCCGGCCUGCUAGAGCUCGACCCUGAGUCGUCCGAGUGGGAGGAGUUCUUGCUGGGGAUCAAGGUGGGCCUGCUCUGCACGGCUCCCGACCCAGUGGACCGGCCCAUGAUGGCCGAUGUUGUGUUCAUGCUGGAGGGGUGCAGGGUCGGGCCUGAUGCCGCGUCCACAGGCCCCACUUCCCAGCAUUCUCCGGCCCAGCCCGCUAGCUAA